AUGGGCUCUCAACCUCCAGCGCGUGGCGAAGCAGCUGCCUUACAGCGGCAUGGUCAACAAUUAUACCAGACGGGUAGCUUCAAGGCUGCCAUAGAUGCUUUCUCAGAGGCAUUAAAUAGUAAAGAUGCUGAUUUUCUUGGUGUACUUGAUAAUCGUGCCGCUACAUACACUAAGCUCGGUCAAUCUGAUCGGGCGCUCAAAGAUGCGAGGCAGAUGAUCAAAAAGGACAAGCAGGACGAACGCGGAUAUCUUCGCUGCGCAAAAUGCCUUCUCUUGGACGGAAAGCCCGAGAAGGCUUUAGAACUCUACGCAUAUGCGUUAAAGACCUUACCUAGUAAUAAUCCUCGCCGUGAGCUCGUAGAACAACUACACAACAAGCUUCGAGAUAAAUUAACGUCUAAAUGCCGUGACCCAUUCAGUGUGCUGCCUCUGGAAAUAGCAGCUAUGGUGUUAGAGCAUCUUGACUUCAAGCAGAUCGUGGCCAUCCUUCGUGUAUCCAAACAAUGGGACAGUUUCCUAUCCUCAAUGCGAAGCUUAUGGAUGCGGAUUGAUCUGUCUGGUGCCCGCAGCAAAAUCCAUUGGUGUUCCGUCCUGGCUUACAUUCGACGGUCAAAGUCCAUGGUAUCCCAUGCUAUUGUGAAGAACAUAUCGUCUAGUUCCACAGAAAAAGUCCUUCAAUUCUUCAGCAGGUGUCCAAGAUUAGAAUACUUGGAAGUCUGGACGCCAUUUAGCUGCCAGAACUUUUAUGAGAUGUUCAAAGGCUCCCGACGUAUGAAAACGCUGAUAAUAUCAGGGGAUAUGCCGGUGCCGCAGGAGUAUAUUACGAAAUUUCUGGGAAGCUUGCCUCUCCUUGAGAAUAUCAAAAUACACAAAGCCAAAACUUCACCUUCAUCAAAAGUGCAUUGGCCCUCAGAGCUCCCACAUCUGCGGAGCAUAAUCCUUCGCACCACAGAUGGAUCGUGGGUAAACGGACAUACGUCUGCCCUGCAUAUCCCUCGCAAACAACCUUCUCUUCCCUAUUGUAUUGCCAAUCUCGAAGAGCUAUGCCUCAACUCAGAUCCGGACGUCUUUUUCCCUUAUCCUCCUUCUUUCAAUCCAAUAGAAUUUACGCGAUUACGGCGACUGGACAUCAGCGGCAUAUAUGUCAGUGAUGAUUUUACUCUACCAUCUACCCUUGAGUACCUACGCAUCUGUGGUGGUGCUGCGACUGAGGAAUUCCCAUUCUCUAACCAGCGUCCUGUUGAGUUUCACGAACUCAAGACCCUUAUGUUCAGGGAUGUGCCUUGGGUCUCGAAUAACACCAUGCUUAUCUUUCUUGUGGAAGCCAAAGCCCCACUUGAGAUACUCCAUGUAGACAGCUGUUUCCGAUUGCGCGGGACUGCAUUCUGGCACAGUCUAUGCAAAUAUGCCACCGAUCUAAAAGAACUCAACGUCUCCCAUGUUAUCGGGAUCAAUGAUGACUUCUCGCACAUGAUUGUUGAGAAGAUGCAUAAAUUGAAAGUCAUUUACAUGGCUUAUACCGAGAUCACUGGCAUCUCCAUCAAAACAUUCGCUGAUGCCCGAGCCUCUGAAGGCGAUGUCAUGAAGAUCGAACGGCUACAUGUAAAAGGGUGUGAGCAUGUCUCACCAGACGCAAUCGCAUAUGGUCGGGCACACGGCAUUGAGAUAAUCACCUGA